AUGAGCUCUCUCUUUGAUCAAUUAGUAACCAAUCGAAGUUGCUUCCAUGAAAAUGGAGGUAGGAAUAAUGGCCACGCAUCUUCUGUUUCUAGUGGAUUAAUCUCGGUAACCUCUAAAAAUCUGAAGUUGGAUAUUUCGCAAUACAAUGAUAAGGAAGAACCCACCAUUUUUGUUUGUCCAACCAAACAAUUCUUUGAUCUGCAAUACACUGCCAGUGAUUAUAAGACCCCUUCAAAUGUUUGCCAUGUACGGUAUAAGCUAUUCAAGGAAGACAAUGAGUUGCUUACAUUGGUCUUUGCCAACAAGAAGCAG